GAGCCGGGAAAGAGGCGACGGGGCCGCCAUGGCGGACGUGACCGCCCGUAGCCUGCAGUAUGAGUACAAGGCGAACUCAAACCUUGUACUUCAAGCUGACCGUUCCUUGAUAGACAGGACCCGGCGUGAUGAGCCUACAGGGGAGGUCCUGUCCCUGGUUGGGAAGCUGGAAGGUACUCGUAUGGGCGACAAGGCCCAGAGGACCAAACCUCAGAUGCAGGAGGAAAGACGAGCCAAGAGAAGGAAACGUGAUGAGGACAGACAUGACAUCAACAAGAUGAAAGGCUACACUCUGCUUUCUGAGGGCAUCGAUGAGAUGGUGGGAAUUAUCUACAAGCCCAAAACCAAGGAGACCCGGGAAACCUAUGAAGUGCUACUGAGCUUCAUUCAGGCAGCACUUGGGGAUCAGCCCAGAGACAUUUUGUGUGGAGCUGCCGAUGAGGUCCUGGCUGUCCUGAAGAACGAGAAGCUACGAGAUAAGGAGCGGCGGAAAGAGAUCGACCUGCUUCUGGGACAGACAGAUGAUACCCGUUACCACGUGCUGGUGAACUUGGGCAAGAAAAUCACAGACUAUGGCGGGGACAAGGAGAUCCAGAACAUGGAUGACAACAUUGAUGAGACCUAUGGAGUGAAUGUGCAGUUUGAGUCAGAUGAAGAGGAAGGGGACGAAGAUGUUUAUGGCGAAGUGCGGGAUGAAGCAUCUGACGAUGACAUGGAAGGGGAUGAGGCUGUUGUCCGUUGCACACUUUCAGCCAAUCUUGUGGCAUCGGGUGAGCUGAUGAGCUCCAAGAAGAAAGAUCUCCACCCCCGGGACAUUGAUGCCUUCUGGCUGCAGCGGCAGCUGAGCCGUUUCUACGAUGAUGCCAUUGUAUCCCAGAAAAAGGCAGAUGAAGUCCUAGAAAUAUUAAAGACUGCCAGUGAUGACAGAGAAUGUGAAAACCAGCUGGUUCUGCUCCUGGGCUUUAACACAUUUGACUUCAUUAAAGUGCUGAGGCAACACAGAAUGAUGAUCUUGUACUGUACCCUCCUGGCUAGUGCUCAGAGUGAAGCUGAGAAGGAAAGGAUUAUGGGAAAGAUGGAGUCGGAUCCUGAGCUGUCAAAGUUCCUAUAUCAGCUGCAUGAGACAGAAAAGGAAGAUCUGAUCCGGGAGGAACGCUCUCGCAGAGAACGUGUCCGCCAGUCCCGCAUGGACACUGACCUGGAAACUAUGGAUCUGGACCAAGGAGGGGAGGCAUUAGCCCCCCGGCAGGUUUUGGACCUUGAGGACCUGGUAUUUGCUCAAGGUAGUCACUUCAUGGCCAACAAGCGAUGCCAGCUGCCGGAUGGCUCUUUUCGUAGACAGCGCAAAGGCUACGAGGAAGUUCAUGUCCCUGCCCUGAAGCCAAAGCCUUUUGGCUCCGAAGAGCAACUGGUUCCUGUGGAGAAACUCCCUAAAUAUGCUCAGGCUGGAUUUGAAGGAUUCAAAACACUAAAUCGCAUUCAGAGCAAACUGUAUCGUGCGGCACUCGAGACAGACAUGAACCUGCUUCUGUGUGCGCCCACCGGUGCUGGGAAAACCAAUGUGGCCUUGAUGUGUAUGUUGCGUGAGAUAGGCAAACAUAUCAACCUUGAUGGGACCAUUAACGUGGAUGACUUCAAAAUUAUCUAUAUUGCGCCAAUGAGGUCCUUAGUACAGGAAAUGGUGGGCAGUUUUGGGAAGCGUUUAGCCACUUAUGGCAUCACUGUGGCUGAAUUGACCGGAGACCAUCAGUUAUGCAAGGAAGAAAUAAACGCCACGCAGAUCAUUGUCUGCACCCCAGAGAAGUGGGACAUCAUCACCCGAAAAGGGGGAGAGCGCACCUAUACUCAACUGGUCCGCCUUAUUGUCUUGGAUGAGAUCCACCUUCUGCAUGACGAUCGGGGCCCUGUUCUGGAGGCGUUGGUGGCCAGGACCAUCCGUAACAUCGAGAUGACCCAGGAAGAUGUGAGGCUGAUUGGGCUGAGUGCCACACUCCCAAACUAUGAGGACGUGGCUACGUUCCUAAGAGUGGAGCCCUCCAAAGGCUUGUUCUAUUUUGACAACAGCUUCCGCCCAGUGCCUCUGGAACAGACAUAUGUGGGGAUCACAGAGAAGAAAGCCAUCAAGCGCUUCCAGAUCAUGAAUGAGAUUGUGUAUGAGAAAAUAAUGGAGCAUGCUGGGAAGAAUCAGGUGCUGGUGUUCGUCCAUUCCAGGAAGGAGACUGGGAAAACUGCCCGAGCCAUCAGGGACAUGUGUCUGGAGAAAGACACCCUGGGUCUCUUUCUGCGGGAAGGUUCUGCCUCCACUGAGGUCCUCAGGACUGAAGCUGAGCAGUGCAAGAAUUUGGAGCUUAAAGACCUGUUGCCCUACGGCUUUGCCAUUCACCAUGCUGGGAUGACCAGGGUGGACCGAACGCUGGUGGAAGACUUGUUUGCAGACAAGCACAUACAGGUUCUGGUCUCCACAGCAACCUUGGCCUGGGGUGUUAACCUUCCUGCUCAUACAGUCAUCAUCAAAGGGACGCAGGUAUAUAGCCCAGAGAAGGGCCGCUGGACUGAGCUCGGUGCCCUGGACAUUUUGCAGAUGCUGGGCCGUGCGGGGAGACCUCAGUACGAUACCAAGGGCGAGGGGAUCCUGAUCACUUCCCAUGGAGAACUGCAGUACUACCUCUCGCUGCUCAACCAGCAGCUUCCCAUUGAAAGCCAGAUGGUGGCCAAACUCCCAGACAUGUUGAAUGCAGAGGUUGUGCUGGGAAAUGUCCAGAAUGCAAAGGAUGCUGUCAACUGGCUGGGCUACGCUUACCUCUACAUCCGAAUGCUGCGUUCCCCAACCCUGUAUGGGAUAUCCCAUGAUGACUUGAAAGGAGACCCGCUGUUGGAUCAGCGUCGGCUAGACUUGGUGCACACUGCAGCACUAAUGCUUGACAAGAACAACUUGGUCAAAUAUGACAAGAAGACAGGGAAUUUCCAGGUGACUGAGCUGGGCCGCAUUGCCAGCCACUACUACAUCACCAAUGAGACCGUGCAAACCUACAACCAGCUGCUCAAGCCCACCUUGAGUGAAAUUGAGCUCUUCCGGGUUUUCUCAUUGUCCUCUGAGUUCAAGAACAUCACCGUUAGGGAGGAAGAGAAGCUGGAAUUGCAGAAACUUCUUGAACGAGUCCCCAUCCCUGUGAAGGAGAGCAUUGAGGAGCCCAGUGCUAAGAUCAAUGUCCUUCUCCAGGCCUUCAUCUCUCAGCUGAAGCUGGAAGGCUUUGCCCUCAUGGCAGACAUGGUGUAUGUCACUCAAUCUGCCGGGCGACUGAUGCGUGCCAUCUUUGAGAUUGUUCUCAACCGUGGCUGGGCACAGCUCACUGACAAGACUUUGAACCUCUGCAAGAUGAUUGACAAGCGAAUGUGGCAGUCCAUGUGCCCCCUUCGUCAGUUCAAGAAACUGCCUGAGGAGGUAGUGAAGAAGAUCGAGAAGAAGAAUUUCCCAUUUGAACGGCUCUAUGACCUGAAUCACAAUGAAAUUGGGGAGCUGAUCCGGAUGCCAAAGAUGGGGAAGACCAUUCACAAAUAUGUCCACUUGUUCCCAAAGCUGGAGCUGUCUGUCCACUUACAGCCCAUCACCAGGUCUACUCUGAAAGUAGAGCUGACAAUUACCCCAGAUUUCCAGUGGGAUGAGAAGGUCCACGGUUCCUCGGAGGCCUUCUGGAUUCUGGUGGAGGAUGUGGACAGCGAAGUGAUCCUGCAUCAUGAGUACUUUCUUCUGAAGGCCAAAUACGCCCAGGACGAGCACCUCAUCACCUUCUUUGUGCCGGUCUUUGAGCCUCUCCCCCCACAGUAUUUCAUCCGGGUCGUCUCGGAUCGCUGGCUGUCUUGUGAGACGCAACUACCCGUGUCCUUCCGACACUUGAUCCUUCCAGAGAAGUACCCGCCACCAACUGAGCUGCUGGACCUGCAGCCGCUGCCCGUGUCUGCUUUGCGAAACAGUGCCUUUGAGAGUCUCUACCAGGACAAAUUCCCCUUCUUCAAUCCUAUCCAGACCCAAGUAUUCAACACGGUCUACAACAGCGAUGAAAAUGUCUUUGUGGGAGCUCCCACAGGCAGUGGUAAGACCAUCUGUGCUGAGUUUGCCAUCCUGAGGAUGCUGCUGCAGAAUUCGGAAGGCCGCUGUGUCUACAUCACGCCAAUGGAGGCACUCGCGGAACAGAUCUUCAUGGAUUGGUAUGAGAAGUUCCAAGAACGUUUGCUUAAAAAAGUGGUCCUGUUGACGGGGGAGACGAGCACUGAUCUCAAGCUGCUGGGCAAAGGCAACAUCAUCAUCAGCACUCCCGAGAAGUGGGACAUCCUCUCCCGGCGCUGGAAGCAGCGCAAGAACGUGCAGAACGUCAACCUCUUCAUUGUGGAUGAGGUGCACCUCAUUGGCGGAGAGAACGGGCCGGUCUUAGAAGUGAUUUGCUCCCGGAUGCGUUACAUCUCAUCCCAGAUUGAGCGGCCCAUCCGCAUUGUGGCCUUGAGCUCCUCACUGUCCAACGCCAAGGAUGUGGCCCACUGGCUGGGUUGCAGCGCCACCGCCACCUUCAACUUCCACCCCAACGUGCGCCCAGUGCCCCUGGAAUUGCACAUCCAAGGCUUCAACAUCAGUCACACCCAGACUCGUCUGUUGUCCAUGGCCAAGCCGGUCUAUCACGCCAUCACGAAACAUUCACCCAAGAAGCCGGUCAUCGUGUUCGUCCCGUCUCGCAAGCAGACGCGCCUCACGGCCAUCGACAUACUUACCACUUGCGCCUCAGACGUCCAACGGCAGAGGUUCCUGCACUGCACGGAGAAGGACUUGGUUCCCUACCUGAACAAGCUGAACGACAACACCCUGCAAGAGACUCUGGUGAAUGGGGUGGGCUACCUGCACGAGGGGCUUACCUCACUGGAGCGAAGAGUUGUGGAGCAGCUUUUCAGCUCAGGUGCCAUUCAAGUCGUGGUCGCCUCCCGGAGCCUCUGCUGGGGAAUGAACGUGGCUGCUCACCUGGUGAUCAUCAUGGACACGCAGUACUACAACGGCAAGAUCCACGCGUAUGUGGAUUACCCAAUCUAUGAUGUGCUGCAGAUGGUCGGCCAUGCCAAUCGCCCAUUGCAGGAUGAUGAGGGGCGCUGUGUCAUUAUGUGCCAGGGGUCCAAGAAGGAUUUUUUCAAGAAGUUCCUGUAUGAACCUCUCCCAGUUGAGUCUCAUCUGGACCACUGCAUGCAUGAUCACUUCAAUGCUGAGAUUGUCACCAAGACCAUUGAGAACAAGCAGGAUGCUGUGGACUACCUUACCUGGACCUUCCUGUACCGCAGGAUGACUCAGAACCCCAACUAUUACAACCUGCAAGGGGUUUCCCACAGGCACCUUUCUGACCACCUGUCUGAGCUGGUGGAGCAGACUCUCAGCGACCUGGAGCAGUCCAAGUGCAUCAGCAUCGAGGACGAGAUGGACGUUGCGCCUCUGAACUUGGGCAUGAUUGCGGCUUAUUAUUACAUCAACUACACCACCAUUGAACUCUUCAGUAUGUCCCUGAACGCCAAGACAAAAGUACGAGGCCUUAUUGAAAUCAUUUCCAACGCUGCUGAGUAUGAGAACAUUCCCAUCAGGCACCACGAGGACAACCUUCUGCGGCAGCUUGCCCAGAAAGUGCCCCACAAGCUGAAUAACCCUAAAUUCAACGACCCCCACGUCAAGACCAACCUCCUGCUCCAGGCCCACUUGUCACGAAUGCAGCUGAGUGCAGAACUACAGUCCGACACAGAGGAGAUCCUUAGCAAGGCAAUUCGGCUCAUCCAAGCCUGUGUGGACGUCUUGUCCAGCAAUGGCUGGCUGAGCCCUGCUCUGGCUGCCAUGGAGCUGGCACAGAUGGUCACCCAGGCCAUGUGGUCCAAGGAUUCCUACCUCAAGCAGCUGCCCCACUUCACUUCGGAGCACAUCAAGCGCUGCACGGAUAAGGGGGUGGAGAGUGUGUUUGACAUCAUGGAAAUGGAAGACGAGGACCGCAGCGCGCUGCUGCAGCUCUCUGACGCGCAGAUUGCGGAUGUGGCUCGCUUCUGUAACCGCUACCCCAACAUUGAACUUUCCUAUGAGGUGGUGGAAAGGGACGUCAUCCGCAGUGGUGGGCCAGUGGUGGUGCUGGUGCAGCUGGAACGAGAGGAGGAAGUCACAGGGCCAGUGAUCGCACCCCUCUUCCCACAGAAACGUGAGGAAGGCUGGUGGGUGGUGAUUGGAGACUCUAAGUCCAAUAGCCUCAUCUCCAUCAAGAGGCUGACUCUGCAGCAGAAAGCCAAGGUGAAACUGGAUUUUGUGGCCCCAGCCACUGGGACUCACAACUACACCCUCUACUUCAUGAGUGACGCCUACAUGGGUUGUGAUCAGGAGUACAAGUUCAGCGUGGAUGUGAAGGAGGCAGAGAGUGACAGUGAUUCCGACUGAGCUGAGCAUUCAGUAUGGGCAGUUGCUGUACUGUGCAGAGCAGUCCUGAGGUUCCUUGGACUAGUACCAAAAGGCUGCCUGC